AUGUCCGACGACGAGGAUUAUUACGAGUUCGAAGAAGAGUAUCUGUUUGAAGACCCUGUCCCUGAUCUUGUCGAUGAACUCGCCGCAAGUUCAUACUACGAAGCCGCAUUAUACGAUGACCCAGCCAUUGACGUGGAAGACUACUAUAGCGACUGGGAUUACUACUCGGAUGAUUAUUACGAUGAUGACCCAACCGUGAAAGAGAGCAGUCUGCGCGCAAAGUCGGAUGCGAAAUCCAAGAACAGAAAUCGUCGCGCCCAUCCCGCUUCAGUCGCCCAUCAUCCUCCCUUGAAUAUCGAUGUUGGUUCUUUCCAGGGUGUCGUGUGGAAAACCGUCGGAAUGGAAAGAGAUCAAGAUGUAUCGGUCCAAAUAUUCGAACCCGGACAAUUGGAGAAGGUUGCAUUCCUGGAAGAUUGGAGAGAGGUCUUCAAAUCUGCGCAGCCAUCACUGGAUAAAUCGCGAUUGAGGAAAAAGCGAGCGCGUGAGCAGAGCCAGGACUCGCUCUCUGGGCGCUCUUUCGCGGAGGAAGAGGUGGAGGUGGAGUCCCUGGGUGAUGAUGAGCGGGAGGACACCUCGGAUGAGAUGUCGGAUAUCUUGUCAUGGGAUCAAACAAAUGAGAGUGUUGAUGCCGGGGACGUGUCAACCACGACGCCUGAGCCAGGUCAGUCUCCUAAGGAGAGGCCUAGCAUUGCGGCUGAGAUCCCUGUGAAACGGGGUCGCAAACGCAAGGCCGAGGUGCCCGUUAAGGAAUCGCCACGGAAAUCAGGAACGAAUACGAGGAAGUCGAAACGGGUCGCUUUGGAUCAUACCGAGGAAAUUUCUGCUCCGGUGCGUCGAUCUACGAGGCAGAAAAAGUAG